GCCUUCAUCGUAGUAGUACUAGUAUUGGUUUGUAACAGUCGAGUGUGACGGUAGGAGUCGCAUCCCAUUCUUGCACGUUGCACGUUUGAAAUUAUAGGCAUGCCAUGUUUAUCUUCGGCAUUUCUGUGGUGGCACGAGCGGUAAGAAGAGUCAUUACAUCCAGCUCAAAGCUCAAGAUGACACUUCAAAAUGCAUCAGUCAUAUCCACCCACAGCUGCUCCAGCACAGCUGACAAGAACAACAACCUGCGAUGGGAUCUGACCCCAGAAGAGAUCCGACAUCGGACACAGAGACUGAUCCAGCGGAUAAAGCAAGCCUAUGACUCAGUGGGGUCGGUGGACAUUGAGAAGGUGUGCUUUGAGAAUACUCUGCAAGUCAUUGCAAAUGCAAAAGCAGAUUAUGCCGCUUCACGUCAUAUGUUGGACUUCCCCCAGUAUGUCUCUCCAUGUAAAGAGGUCAGAUUGGCGAGCACAGAGGCUGAUAAAUGCCUAUCUGUUUUCGAUGUGGAAGUGAGCAUGAGGGCGGAUGUGUUUCAGAGACUUAUAGUCCUGCAGGAAAAACAAUCCAGUGAUUUACUGCCUGAGUCUGAGAGAUUCCUGGGACGACUGAUAAAAUUAGGGAAACGGAAUGGAUUGCACUUGUCUAAGGAUAUACAAGAAGAAGUCAAGUCAAUCUCUAAGCAAAUAAGUGAACUUUCCAUAGAUUUCAACCAAAAUUUGAAUGAAGAAAAUACAGUGCUGUUGUUCUCGCAAGAAGAGCUUGUGGGUCUUGUGGAAAGCUACGUGAAUGGUCUGGAGAAAACAGAAGAUGGGCGGUAUAUAGUCACCCUUGCGUAUCCCCACUACUUCCCCCUGAUGAAAAGAUGUCAUGUUCCCGAAACCAGGAGGAAAAUGGAGAUGGCCUUUCACAGCAGGUGCAAGGAUGUGAACACUGCUAUUCUUGAACAGCUGAUUGAGUUGCGGGCAAGGCUAGCUAAACUACUGGGCUUCAGCAGCCAUGCCAAUUACGUGCUGGAAAUGACCAUGGCCAAAAAUUCAGAGAACGUGGCACGAUUUCUUGGGGCUGCUGCUAAUGUUUUGGUGCCAGAUAUCACAGGGCACCUUCAGGAGUGUCAUAGAUCAUUGCUUCGGCAGGUCGGAGAUGUUUUGGCAGAUGAGUUGUAUAAGAGGUUGAGACCAGUGGGCGAGCAGGAGCGGCAGUACCUGUUGUCACUCAAACACGCUGACUGUGAGAGGCGGGGCUUGGCCUUUGACGGACAGCUGCACGCAUGGGACAUGCCCUACUACAUGAACCAGGUGGAACAAGUGAAGUUUGCGGUGGAUAAGGACAAACUGAUCGAGUACUUCCCUCUGGAGGUGGUGACUGAGGGCCUGCUAAAUAUAUAUCAGGAUCUGUUGGGUCUGACGUUCCAGCAGGUGGAGAACACCCAUGUGUGGCAUGAUAGCGUCAAACUGUACUCGGUACUGGACUCUGUGACUGGAGAUGAGAUUGGACAGUUUUACUUGGACUUGCAUCCCAGGGAGGGUAAGUAUGGCCAUGCUGCAUGCUUUGGGCUCCAGCCAGGAUGUCUUGGGCCUGAUGGGAAUCGUAGGAUGCCUGUGGCCGCCAUGGUGGCCAACUUCACAAAACCCACAAGCAACUGGCCUUCCUUACUGCAGCACCAUGAGGUGGAGACCUUCUUCCAUGAGUUUGGACAUGUCAUGCAUGAGCUCUGCUCCAGGACCCACUAUGCAGAGUUCAGUGGGACACAGGUGGAGACUGAUUUUGUGGAGGUGCCAUCUCAAAUGCUAGAGAACUGGGUUUGGGAGAAGGAGCCUCUCAGGAGGAUGUCCCGCCACUACAAAGAUGGCAGCCCGAUCCCAGAUGGUCUGCUGGAUAAACUCAUUGCAUCUAGAGUGGCCAACACAGGUCUGAUGAACCUCAGGCAGAUUGUUCUCAGUAAAGCUGACCAAACUCUCCACACUAAAGACAGAGCAGAUACUGCCGCCGAGUUUGCCAAGCACAGCAAAGACAUCCUGGGAAUCCCAGCCACACCAGGCACAAACAUGACGGCUAGUUUCAGUCACUUAGCCGGAGGAUAUGACGGUCAGUACUACAGCUACCUGUGGAGUGAAGUCUACUCCAUGGACAUCUUCUUCAGUCGCUUCAAAAAAGAGGGGAUCUUGAAUCCAAAGGUGGGCCGGGAAUACAGGCGUGUGGUUCUGGAAACGGGAGGUUCAGUGGAUGGCAUGGACAUGCUGAAAACGUUCCUGGGUCGUGAACCAUGUCAGGAUGCAUUUUUUCGGUGUAAAGGACUCGUCCAAACAAAUACAGAACAAAACUCUCAUUGACAUUGGGCUGUGAACUACAGCAAACCAACUUUUCUGAAUAUAUAGAUCCAAUGACACAUGUAUCCUUAGUCUUAAUUAUAGUGAUAUACAGAAUAAAAUGUUAUUUAUACAUUUCAA